CUCUUCACUAUCAUCAUCAUUCUCAUAAACUUAUCUUCUCUCAACUUUCAUCUCAAAUGGUUCUCGCUCCACCAAAACCUUGGGAACGUAGCAAUCAAACCAACCUUAGCUCUUCUACUUCUCUACCAAACGAUCAUCCUCCUAUCACUUCUUCAAAUCAAACUUGUCCUAUCUCGAAUUCUAAGAUGACUGGUUCAACAACUGCAACUACAACUACGACUACCACACCUGAACUUCCUCCAAGACCAACAAACAUGAUCAAUUCCACUGGUUCGCUUAUUCCUAAUGAUGGUUUAUCUGGUCUCAAUUCAGCUUAUGGAGCAAACUAUGCUGGUGCAAGCCCUUACGGCUCACGAUUCGGAGGAUACGGUCUCAACUCUGGUUACGGAGGCUACGGUGGUUACUCUCGAAUGGGUGGAUUAGGCUCUUAUGGUGGUUACAGUGGCUAUGGCGGAAUAGGAGGGAUGGGGGGAAUGGGAGGAAUGACAGGUGGAGGUUACGGAGGAUAUAUGGGAGGAAUGGGAGACCCCACUUCAAUGUAUCAAUCUAAUCCGAUGGAUCCUAACAAUGGAUUUCAAACUAAUCCAUCAUUAACUCAAACUUUAACUAAUUCAACUCAAUCUACAUUUCAACUAUUACAAUCUUUAGUGAUGACUUUUUCAGGAUUUUCUCAAUUACUCGAAUCUACCUUUAUGAUGACUCAUUCUAGUUUUUUUACUUUUAUUCAACUUAUCGAUCAAUUUAAUUUUUUUAAAUUUUCGAUUGGUAAGAUUUUAAGUUUAUUUGAUAUAAUCAAAUGGACGAAAAAAGCUAUCGGAGGAAGAGGUACGGAUGAAGGUCAAUCAUGGGGUGAUAGUUUUAAAAGUUUUGAUCCGAGAAAAGAUUCGAAGGCACUUAAUCCUCAUCCAAACAACACUCCUAAACCAUCACGAAAACCGAUUGUGAUCUUCUUCUUAACGAUCUUUGGAAUCCCAUACUUGAUGAACAAAUUAAUCAAAGUGAUUUCCAAACGACAAGAAACACAAGACUCUUUGAAAUCUCAAAGCUCAUUGGUUUCCAUUGAUCCAAACCAACUUACCUUUGUUAAAUCGAUUCAUCCCUAUCAUUCAAAUCAACCUGAAGAAUUAAAUUUUAAUCAAUCUGAAAUCAUCGCAGUGAUCUCUCCAAUCACUCAAGAAGAAAGAGAAAAGUUUGGUUGGUGGAGAGGUAGACUUAGGAAUGGGAAAAUGGGUUGGUUUCCCAAGAAUUAUGUUGAAGUGAUUUCAAGUUCAAUCGUUUCUUCUAAUCAAAAUCAAAAUCAAAAUCAACCUUCUCAAAAAUUACAAGUCAUUUUGGACGAAGAAGCUGAUCGUGCUAAACAACUCAAUAAUCCAAUCACUCCCAACUAUUGA